AUGGAGGAGGAAAAAAUUACCGAAUAUAUCAAUGAGAAACUAUUCACAGAGAUAAAACCAGUCCUUUUCACGGAUCUGAUUGCUCAUUUCAAAAUAGGUCCAUCUCGUGCCAAGAAGUUCAUGUAUUCAUACUAUAAAAGUACUAGUACAGUCACAAAUGUCAAAUUUAACUGCAUAUUAAUGUGUUGUUACUCUAAUGGGACGAUAAAAUUGAUUAAUGACUUGAAAGAAGUAACGCCAAACGAGAACGAGAACGCGAACGGGAAUGAGAUGGUAGAUUGUUUCAUUUAUGCAUUUAACCCAAUGGACACAUUUAUACCGGUGAAUAUCAUCGUGGAUCAGUUGGGGUCCUUAUCUAUCAAGAAUCCUUAUAAAUUGACAAUAUCAGAAAAAUCAUUAAAGGCAAUAGAUACUCGCACUUUGCAACGAUCGAAAACUGUUAAUGCUUCAUCAUCUGUAUCAGCUACUACUAGUCCUCGUGGUAUUAAUAGAGCUACUACUGUCCCAGAUACACUCGAUGCAACUAAAAGAGCAGAUAAAGUAGAAGCAGACCGUAGGAUAGAGACUCCGCCUGUUAAGAAGGCAAAGAAGUCAAUGGGAUUAAAAUCCACUGUUUUGUUAGAAAAGAUGAGGAAAAAUAGAGAAGCAAAGGAAGCAGAAAGACAAAUGGAGUUAAAAAAGAGGAGAGAAGAGGCGUUAGUGAAACAAGUCAAGAAGGAUCCAAAGAUGAAAGCGCAGAUGGAUGAAUUAAAUAAACUAUUUGUUGAGGAUGACGAAGAAGGUGAAGAUGACGAUCUACAGAAUAUUUCUAGUGACGAAAAAGUAGUAAGCGAGUCCAUUCCUUUAUCAACUGGAGAUGACGAAUCAGAAGAACCUGAAAUUGUUCCAAAAAAUAAUAAUAUUGAAAAGAAGAAAUCCGACACGACAGAUAUGGAGGCCAUUUUUGAUACUACGGCAGAAGAAUCAUUACUAGAAAUUUCGAACCCGACGGUAGUGGCAAAGGGACAAGACGAGGUGGAACGAGAAGAAGAAUCAGCAGCAAAUUCAUCUUACGUCGAUGAAGACGGUUAUAUUGUUACUAAACGUCCCGCUGUGUCGACACCAUCUCAACCUUCAAAGAGACAGCAGACACGUCCCAUUGGGAAAACUACAACACCUGUUUCGAGAUCCAAGAGACCAGGUUCCUCAAGUGGGAAGAAGAAACAAGGCUCCAUUGAGAGCUUCUUUAAGAGAUCAAGCAAGUAA